UCAAUUUUUCUGUCUCUUUCUCUCUCUUUCCCUCUCGCUCGCAUUUUCUUUUUAAGUCUGCCUAGGAGGUUUAUCUUCGGAAUCGGGUACAAAAAAAUCUAAAGGGAAGGAAACGAGUGAGUUCUGAAGGAAAACAAAUGGCAGAUCAACUUACCGACGACCAGAUCUCCGAGUUCAAAGAGGCCUUCAGCUUGUUCGACAAGGAUGGCGAUGGUUGCAUCACCACCAAGGAGCUUGGGACUGUGAUGCGGUCGCUGGGUCAAAAUCCCACUGAAGCCGAACUCCAAGACAUGAUUAACGAAGUGGAUGCUGAUGGUAAUGGGACUAUUGACUUCCCAGAGUUCCUAAACCUGAUGGCUAGGAAGAUGAAAGAUACUGAUUUUGAGGAGGAACUGAAGGAGGCUUUCCGGGUUUUUGACAAGGAUCAGAAUGGUUUCAUCUUUGCUGCUGAGCUGCGCCAUGUGAUGACAAACCUCGGGGAGAAGCUUACAGACGAAGAAGUCGAUGAGAUGAUCAGGGAGGCUGAUGUUGAUGGUGAUGGUCAGAUAAAUUAUGAGGAGUUUGUGAAGGUUAUGAUGGCCAAGUGAUACACGUCUCUCCAAGAACCUAAAGCUAAAGCUGUAUGAUGGAUAAAGGAGGAAAAAAAAAAAAAAAAAAAGAAAAAAAAAGAGAGAGAAGGAAAAGGAGAACAACGUUGACUAAUAUUAUGCAAGUAUGUAGUUUUCCUUUCUACAAUUUUUAUUUAAUAGUCUUAAGAUUGAUGAUAUCGAUAUUGAUGUUGGAUAUUGAUGUGUCUUGUAGUGGUGGUGAAAUGUUUUGGUCUGGUAUUUUAAUGUGUUUAGUUCUUUAAUUUUUACUUUUGGUUGUCUGCUGUGAACCUGAACUUACUUGGAAACCUUCAAUCUUCUACUAUGGAAGGAUGACCCGUUCUAUCAUUUACCA